AUGGCUUCGGCUUUAAUGGAGGCUGAAGAGCCAUCAAUUUCUUCAGAAAAUGCUCGAAUAGCUGGUCUUGAAUCACAAAUUCUUAAUUCACAAGAAAUCAUAGUACGCCUAAAUCGUGAAUUAGAUAGUGCAUUACUUCGUAUAGCAACACUUGAAAAUGUUUGUUCAGAAAAUCAAAAUGAUCUUCAUGAAAAACGUAAUCGUAUAAAUCAUUUAAAUGAUGAAAUUGAUGAACGAGAAGAAAUGAAUGAACGUUUAAAACAAGAAUUAUAUGAAAAAGAUGAAAAAUUAAAAACUUUAGAUAAUAUAAUUAUUCAACUUAAACAACAUAUUAAACAAGAAAAAGUUGAUAAAGAACAACGACAAAUACAUGAAAAUAUGCAUUGUCAACAAUGUCAAUUUUUACUUGAUGAAUUUGGAAAAACAACAGAAAAUAUUUCAAUUGCUAAUCUUCAUUCUCAAAUUAUGUUUGAUAGACAAUUAUGUCAACUUGUUCUUCAUGAUCUUGGGGAUAAGAAUUAUUCAUUGAAUAAUUCUCCACAAAUAAUUCUUGAUCAAUAUCAUAAAAAUGAACGUUUAAAAUUUCAUGAUCUUCUUCAAAAAAGUUUAAUAACAGAAAAUAUUUCUGAUCUUAUUGAUUCUGAUGAUAUUUUAUUUGAAUUAUUAACACAUUUAAAUAGUCUUGUUCGUUUAAAAGAAACACUUUCACAGGAUAGUAAACAAUUACAACAUAUUCGUUCAUUACUUCAUUUAACAAAUGAUAAUAAUGAUGAAUUUAUUAAAGAUUUAAUUAAUAAACAUGAAUGUAUAGAAUAUUUACGUACUAAAAUUGAUAAUAAUCAUAAUUUUACUGAUUAUGAUCUUAUUAAACAUAUUUUACAUGAUUAUUUUAAUUUUCAACAACAACAAAUUGAAAUGAAAGAAUAUUUACAUUUAAAUAUUGAUAAUAAUAAUGACAAUGCUUUAAAUUAUACAAGACUUUUAAUUGAACGUUGUAGUGAAGCAAUACAUGUUGGAACAGAAUUAAAUGAACGUAUUAGAAAUCAUGAACAAACAAUUGAACAACUCACAAAUCAAUUAGAUGAACAUAUUAAUGAAAUAGUUGAACGACGCAAACAAAUCGAUGAAAUUGUUUCAAAGUUUUAUAAUAAAUCAAUUGAUCAAGAUACAAAUGAAGUUACUCAAUUGGAUCAUAUUCGAUCAAUACUUCAAUCAGAUGCUGAUUUUCGACAUGCACUUGCAUCUGAAACUUUCGUAACAUCAAAUGAAGAUAUUCUUGAACGUGUACGUGAAUAUAAAUCAACUUAUGAAAAUCAUCGAAUAUUAACUGUAAAAGAUUCUGAUCAAGAUCAACAAUUAAUAAUCGAUGAACUUAAAAAACAAAUUCAUGAAUUCAAAGAAGAAGCAAAUCAGCGAAAAAAUCAAUUAAAAGAAAUAAAUUUGUUCUUGCAAUCAGAUAUAGACAAUGAAGAAAUGCAAUUCAAUCUUAUUCAUUCAUUUCUUAAAUCAUCCAAUAAUUUUCGUCUUGCUUUAUCCAAUAAAUUAUCCGUGGCAAAUAAUAACGAAUCAAUAUUACAACGUAUUCAUGAUUAUCAAUUAAUUAUUAAUCAAUUAAAUUCUAAUGAAAAUCAUUGGACAAAUGAAACAACUGAUGAAUUAAUUACUAAAUUAAAAACCAUAGAGAACGCCGAAAAUCUUGUUAAAGAUCUACAAAAACAAUUAAAUGAAUCAAUUCAUCAGGAAAAACAAUUACAAAAUGGUAUCAAAGAAAUUACUGAUCGAUUUAUACCGAAUAUGAAUCACACGGAAGGAUCAAAUAUAACACAUAUUCAUCAGUUACUGGAAUCUUUAAUUAAUUUUCGUCAAAAACUUGUUGACAAAACACAAAUGACUACAGACGAAGAUAUUUUAAAUUUAUUUCAAAAAUAUCAAGAAAAACAAGAUGUUGAAUCACAAACAACAGAUAAUGAUAAUUUUUAUAAUCAAAUUAAAGAACUCACUGGUACAGAAGUUGAUAAUCCAGAAGAAAUAAUCAACAAAAUCAAAGAAUUUUCUCAAUUACCUUCUCCAGCUGUAAUCGACGAAUUACUUUCGGAUAAUGAAAAACUUCGAAAUUUAUUAAAUAUUGAAGAUGAAAAGUUUCAUCAAUUAAAAGAACAACAUGAAAGACUUAUUCAAAAAGAAAAUACGUUUAAUGAAAGUCUUGAACAAAUGAUGAAGAAACUAGGCUUAUCUUCAGAUGCAUCACUUCAAACACGAAUUGAUGAAAUUUGUGCAAUAUUUGAUACAUUUUCUAUGGAAUAUAUUCGAUUAACAUCUACAAAUGUUAAAACAAUGAAUUUAAUUGAAAUAUUUAAACAUAUUCAAUUAGUUCUUAUGGAGAAUAAUCGAUUAAAAAACUUAAUUGAUCAAAUUGAUUUUGAUGAAUCAUCAGAUAAUUUGGAUUUCAUAUCUAAAUUACAAAAAUAUUCAACAAAGGUUGAUAAUUUAUGUCAAUUAAUUUGUAAUGAUGAUAAUGUUAAUAUUGAUCAAGCAUUGGUUAUAUAUCAAAGAAAUAUUGAACAUGAUCAAAAUAUCAUUGAAAAAAUUUCUAAUUUUAAACAACAACUUCUAACACGUUUAUCCAUUGAUAAUGAAGAAAAAAUCUUCGAUCGUCUUUCUGAAAUAGAAAAAAUUAAUGUUGAUUUGAAAGAAAAAUUACAAAAUCAUAAUGAUACGAAUAGUACAUUAACUUCAUUAAAUAUCACAAUAUCUGAACAACGUAAUCAAAUACUCGAACAUGCAGAAACAUUAGAAAAAUUACGAGCACAACGUGAACGAAUGUUAAGUAAAAUGAAAGAAAUGAAAACAAAUAAUGAAGAAUUAACAGAUCAGCUUAAACAAGUUAAUCAAUGUCUUGAUGAAUUUCAUCGAAAAGAAAUUGAUUAUAAAAAUCAAAUCGAAGAAAUUGAACAACAAUUACGUAGUGCUAAUAAUCAAAUACAAGUUACAUUUGAUGAAUGUCAAACACAACAAGAAUUACAAGAGACAAUGAAACUUGAAAUUGAAUCAAUAAAAAAUGAAAUGGAUACACAAAGAAAAUUAUAUGAAUCUCGAUGUCGUCAAAUAAUGCAUGAAAAAAAUCAAUUAGAUAAAAAUAAAAAAGAAUUAUUUGAACAAAAACAAACGCUUGAAAAUGAAAAUAAACGAUUACAAACAAUUCUUCAUACAAUCAAAGAUACACUUGAAAAUGUUGAUGAUUUUAAUUCAAUUGUUGAUACAAUUUUAAAACUUCGUCAAGAUCAUUUAACAUUUACAAAUGAACUUAGUCAACAUAAGGAUCAUAUGCAUAUAGAAAAUGAAAAAUUAUCAUUAAAUAUUCAUCAACAACAAAGUAUAAUCAAUGAAUAUAUACAAACAAAAAAUGAUUUAGAAAAACGUUUAUUUGAUAAUGAACAACAAUUGAUAAAUUUAAAACAAGAAUUAAAUGAAAAAAAUAAUCAUUAUCAACAUUUACAAAAUGAAUAUCAAUUAUAUAAAGAAGAAUAUUCAACAAAAAAAAAUUCACAAGUAGCAAUUAUUGAUAUUGAACAAUCUUCACCAUCACAACCACAUCAUUUACCUAUUCAACAAGCAGCUGAAUUAAAUCAUUGUAAACUUGGUAUAACAUUAACUCAUCGUCCUCGUUUAUCAUCAGUAUAUUUUAUUUAUUUAUGUGCUGUUCAUUUGUUAACUAUUUAUUUAUUAUUUAUUCGUCAUUGUUAA